CGAACCAACUUCAAUUUCAUGUAGAUAAAAAAAAAUUAUCAAAAUGAAUCUGAAACAACAUUAUUUUGUUCUGCUUCAAAUUUUCCUAAAAAAAUACAAAUCAUUAACAGAUGUGGGGAUAUAUUACUUCAUGAAAAAAUCUUUAAUCCCAAAAACUAUAAAAGAACGUUAGAGUUAAGAUAUUAUAACAGUGAAUUAAAAAACAAGAUGCCAUCAUUUUUAGGAGCUUUUGAGUGUAAAGCUUUUGAUUUUCAUAACCAAAGUGCAUCAAAAUAUGAAGAUGUAAAAAAAGAAAAUGAACCCGCCUCUAUAUGCCAUCUUGAAGAUUAUUCAAUUAAAGCAAAUGUUUAUGAAACAGUCUCUAUUCGUUUGAAAGUGUUGGCCUAUCCAAAUAUUACUUCAGUAGUUCUAACCAAAUCUACGGGUCCAAACAUUAAAGACACUAAAUGGACAGUUGAGACUAAAAACUUAUCUGAAGUACUUUGGUAUUUGGAACUGACUAAAACAAUUCUUCAAGAAGAAGACUUUGGUAACUACACUGUCAGUGUCACUUCUAAUGUGAAUGUUCCAGCAAAAAGAAGUUUUGUAGUUAGUUUAAAAGAUAUUCCUACUAUGAACGAAGGAACUACAUGGGAUAGUUGCACCAAUGAAACCUCAACAAUUCUCUACAAAAUAGUUAAAUCAGGGCUACCAUUGACACAACCUACUAACCUGAUUAAGCCAUAUAUUAUUCACAUUGUACAAAACGAUAUGGCCAGAGAAUAUCUCAUCAAAGUUAUCUUGCAAAAUUGUACACAGUUUAUUGGGAAACCAGAAAACUUUAGUUUAUUCGCUGGAUCUUUAGAGUUGCAUUUUUCAUUUGCAGUUAGUUGUAAAAAUUACAGCUUACUAACAUGUGUUUCAACAAAUCCAGAGACAACCUUAUGGACAAUAAUUGGAGAAAGUGUGGAAUUUUCUAUGCGUUUAAUAUCAGAUAGUUUAAUUAAGAAAGAAAAUAUAGGAUUCAAUCAGAAUCCCAUGGCAAAGCAUAGCUUGUCAAAGUACUCUGUGGAGAUAAAACAAGAAAGCAAUAAAUAUUUUGUAAUUUGGACACUAAAAAAUGUAACUAGAGAUAACAUCAAGUUUUAUAAAUUCAAAAUUAGAAACAAUUUAAAACAAACAGCGACAUUUAUAUUAAAUUUAAAAUUAAAAGAAGAAGCUCCAUACUUUUGCGACAACAGUAAACCUACAAUAAAGGUAGUCUCAGAAAAGACACUAGACAUAUGUUCUUGUAUUCGAGCUUACCCUGUACUGGGUCGUGAUGUUGUUGUUAAUAGCAUUUUGUACAGAAUCAACACAACUUUCAAUGACGUCAAAGUUGAGUCUAGUGUUGACGAAAGAACAUUCUCAAAUUACAUAACUAUCAAGAUUCCAGUGACAGAAAGUCUGAAGACAGUGAAUCUUACCGUAAAGUCUGUAAAGAAUGUAACUUUUUCAGCUAUGUUAAAAUUGCCUGAAAACGAAGAAACGGAAACAACUUUGACCACACUGAGAAGUAGCGCAACAACAGCAACAAGCAACACGACAUCUGAACAGGAAGGUACUGAAAACAGUCUUCAUGUACUUUUAGACCAAUGUAGAACAUGUGUUUCAUUUUAA